AUGGCUCAAGUUUCUUCCUUUUAUGCUCUUGUAAAAGUAGUUUCACAUGAUCUCAAUGAUUCGACAAUCGGUAUUGAUCCAGCCAUGUUGGAGUGUUAUAAUGGAAACAUAAUUGAGGAACCACAGAACGAAUUUCUUACCCAAUUGAAUGCCAUAAACAACUUUACAAAUAAUUGGGAAACGGAUAACAAGUUUCAACAUUUCAACACUUCUAUUGAAGCUGAGAAUACAAAACAACACGAAAUUGGCAGCAAUCUGCCAAAAUCAUCGCAUACCAUGCUUCUUUGGCGAGGCAGACUGAAUUCACAAGAAGGAAGCAAUAAACAGUUUAAAGCAUUACACGAUCUCCAUUCGGAAAUCAACAGUACCAUCCAAAAAGGCGGCUAUUUUCUUUCUCAUACUCCUACGAACGAUAAAGAUAUAGAUUCAUCAUCAGCACUGGCUGCCUCACUUUUUCAGGUGGAUGUUGGCGAGCAUAUCACCCCGAGAGCCCCCGCCGAGACAAUGUGUAAAUUCAAACUCAUCCUUCUACCCUUUUUGAUGCUAAACAGAGGGCUGCAAUCAAUUCCACACGAGUCGCAAUUGCAAAAUCUUCAAGAAAGUGUUUUGCGCGAAUUAGACUCGGCAAAUGCAGACCUACUUAUCAAAGACGUGCUGUCACAAACGCAAUCGCAAGAUGCCAGCACGUUGGAUGCAUUACGAUCAUUUUUAAAUUUUAAUCCAGCGUCUCGCAACCAACAAAGCCGCUUGGCAGGUCUGUCUACCGAUGCAAAGAAGAGAUGGAUGGAAGCACUAUUGCGUGAAUCAAGGAAAUUAGAAAUGCGUAAAUCAUUAAAAACGUCGGUAGAUGUUGCGAAAAGCAUUUCAGCACCAGUGGUCACGCGCGCAGGCACAGCCGAAUUCAUGAUCCUUUGCGCCCGUUCAGAUGUCCCCACAAAGGCUUUUUAUUCGACAUUCACCCGACGAGACAACUGCACGCAACAUCAAAAAGCACGACAUGAAACUGUAUUAGUCGCUCAUCGUAUCAGAGACAAUGAAUCGUAA